AUGAAACUCAAUAGACUUGUCUACUUUGCAUAUGCCGAGAGGCUUCGUGCGGGCAUUCAACUUUUUGAUGAUAGACUCGAGGCGUGGUCAUAUGGUCCUGUUGUUCCUAGCGUUUAUAGAGCAUUUUCGACCUAUGGGAAGAAACCAAUUUAUGAGUCUACUGCGACAGAUGUGCCGCAAGAAGCGUUUUUAGUGGCCAAAAAUACCUGGAGCAAAUAUGGCUUUUUGACUGCUUAUGACAUCAUGGAAUUCAGUCACCGGCCUAAUAGCGUAUGGGCUGCUGUUUACACUGAGAACGCGCAGGAUGCGCCUCGCAAUGUGCCUAUUACCGAUGAAAUGAUUCUUGCUUCUGGCGACGGUAAAGAUGCGCCACAACGAGAAGGGACAUUUGCUGAGGCGAUUGAUGAGUCUUUGGUCGGCUUGCAUGGUGUUCUCGAGCUGCUGGCGGAUAAAAAAGUGGUCGCGAGGGCAGGAAAGAAAAUAUACGAUAGGGAAGUAUCAGGAUCGGAAAACAACGUUGAGCGAGUUGUUCAUACGGUGAUGUGCUCACGGUAUAUGGAUCAGUGCGGCGGCAUUAUUGAGCAGGCUGCCGCACUUACUGUUUCAUUGGCAAAGGGUCAUGUGUUUCCGGAUGGUAAUAAGCGGACAGCUGCAAUGGUUCUGCAUGUCUUUUUGCGCAAAUGGGCGUCUGGAUUUGUUCUGCCGUAUCCGGAAGAAGAACAGGAAGAAAACGAGCUCAGCAAGAUCAUUCAGGAUGUUGCUGCCGGUAAAGUUUCAGCGGACGGGCUUGCUGACUGGAUUGAGGAGCACAUCACAAAAUCUUCUUGUCACAAAGGGUGAAA